AUGGCUGAUCAAUGCAUUGUCUGUCUAGAGAAUCUAGACGUGCAGCAAUUACCACUGCGAUUGAAAGACAAGCUGCACUUGGACGGUUCCCCAUCCACAAGUCAUCCGAAACCUACAGGUGCGGUACCACUUGCACUCAAAUCAACCUCUGAUGACUUCUCAUCUACUACAACUUCCGACGAGGACAGCAAAGUCGCUGAAAUCCAAGUGUGCGGCCAUAUUUUGCAUAAUACUUGCCUGCGAGAAUGGACCGGAAAGGCGAAUAGUUGCCCAAUUUGCCGCCAAACAUUUCAUUUGGUCCAUGUAUAUGACAAAGUUGGAGGUACCAAACUUUCUACCUACACAGUCGAGGACAAGAAGCAAGUCGCCGAAUUUGAUCCUCAAGCAUGGCUCGACGAAAACCCCGAAGAGGAGGAGCCCGUGCGGUCCUGUCCAAUCUGUGAAAGGAGCGACAACGAGGAGGUCCUCCUUUUGUGCGACAGCUGCGAUGCACCAUACCACACACAUUGCGUCGGGCUAGACAGUGUUCCUCGGGGACAUUGGUACUGCCUGGAGUGCGCCGACGAUGCUGCAGAACUGCUGGCGGCUGAACUCGCAGAUCCAGCAGCGGCUGCAUAUGGACUGGCAGGCGCAUCGGAUAGUCAGUCAGAUUAUCUACCGCGGACACAGGCGACCAUGCGUCGAGCGCGUAAUCGAGCACGAUCAGAUGAGUGGCAGGGCGCCUGGGGUCAGAUCGCACGUCACAUCUUCGAUGUGUUGAACCUAGAUUUGGACAAUCACGACGAUGACGAGUCUUUGCAGAACUAUCGUCGGUCGCAGCAACGCCGAGAAAGAGAGCGACGUGAGUACGAGAGAUGGCAACAGCGCCUGAGAAUUGCUAGUCGUUUCGGCACUCAAGAUGUCUUUGUCAACAACUUGCCCCGGGUUCUACCACAGCCACUGCAACAACAACCACUGCCCCCGCCGCAGGAAACCCCGGAGGAAAAGCUGGCAUGGAGCGCUCUCGAGAAGGCGAUGGAGGCCAACAACUCCAGUGGUGCGACACCUAAUAGCCGAAAGCGUAAGUCGCGCUCGGUUACGACGUCUCCCAGAGAGCCCCCUCAGGAGCCGGAGAGAAAGCUCAAGCGACCUCGUACUCGACGGGUUCCCAACCAGAGCGAGUCUUCAACUUCAGGUACGAACCAGCCUCAACAAAAUGGGUUGCCGUCACCGACUCAUACUGGUCCGAAUGGCUCAGGGCCAUCAUUUCUAUCUUCGCUACUGAAGGAGGUUGAAACAAGUGCCCCAUCCGAUGACGAGAACGUGCGGGGUUUAUUCCGUACCUCCAAACCUCCAGCAGAAUCUUUGUCGCCGGUAACAUCGCCAUCCGCAUCUGGCUACAGUAGUCCACGCGCGUUGUCUACGACGCCGCCGCCGCGCACUAUGAAUGAACGGCCUGGAUCACCGCUCUCCCUCAUGUCGCGUAUCGAACCUAUCUACCCCCCUGCCAACUUCUCACCGAACAGGAAUGGCGUAGAUCAGAGCGGCUCGGAUUCUACCCCACGACACCACAAUCACCACCACCGGAACGGCCCUCAUUCCCCCGAGAUUCGGCAACCUCGCCCCCAGCGACGACCAGUCAACAUCAAUACAGAACAGAUGUCGAGUUCACCCGAUACUUCACCGACGCGUGGGUCGCUCCCCUUCGAAACCAAGGAGAGUAUUAGCAACAUCAUCAAGACUGCUCUUACGCCACACUAUAAAUCAGGUAACAUCACCCCGGACCAAUACACGGCGAUUAACCGUGAUCUAUCCCGCAAGAUGUACAGAGACAUCUCAGAAGGCGUAUUCAACGAAGAUGCCCGCCGUCGUUGCGAGAAGAUGGCGACGAAAGAAGUGGACAAAGCGGUGGCCAAAGUCAGGAAUAUUCAGGUCUAA